AUGCAGGAUAAGAAGCCAAUUGCUUUCUUUAGUGAAAAGCUUGGAGGAGCCACUCUCAACUAUCCAACCUAUGACAAGGAACUCUAUGCCUUGGUCCGCGCCUGCAAACUUGGCAACACUACCUCUGGCCAAAGGAGUUUGUCAUCCACACAGACCAUGAAUCUCUCAAACAUCUCAAGGGCCACAAAAGCUCAACAAAAGGCAUGCCAGAUAAAAGACUUGUAUGCUUCUGAUUCUGAUUUUGCUGAGAUUUACAAGUCUUGUUCUAAAUUUGCUUUUGGCCGAUACUUUAGACAAGAUGGGUUUCUCUUCUAUGAGAACCGCCUUUGUGUGCCUAAUUGUUCUUUGAGGGACUUGUUUGUCAGGGAAGGCACAUGGAGGAGGCUUGAUGGGACACUUUGGUGUGGCCAAAACACUUCAAGUCAUGAGGAUCAUUUUCAUUGGCCGCACAUGAUCAGAGAUGUGGAGAGGAUUUGUUCUAGAUGUGCAACUUGUAAACAAUCCAAAUCUAAGGUUCAACCUCACGGUUUGUACACUCCUCUCCCUAUUCCAUCUCAUCCCUGGACUGAUAUAUCCAUGGAUUUUGUGCUUGGAUUGCCUAGGACUAGAACUGGAAAAGAUUCUAUCUUUGUGAUAGUUGAUAGGUUCUCAAAAAUGGCUCAUUUUGUGGCAUGUCGUAAAACUGAUGAUGCAUCUCAUGUAGCUGCUCUGUUCUUUAAAGAGAUUGUUAGAUUGCAUGGCAUGCCGCGCACCAUUGUCUCUGAUCGUGAUACAAAGUUCCUGAGUUAUUUUUGGAAAACUUUGUGGUCUAAGUUGGGUACUAAGCUUUUAUUUUCUACUACUUGUCACCCUCAAACUGAUGGCCAAACUGAAGUUGUUAAUAGGACUCUUGGAACUUUGUUGCGCGCCUUGAUUAAAAAGAAUCUUAAAAGCUGGGAUGAUUGUUUGCCACAUAUUGAGUUUGCAUAUAACCAUGCUGUGCAUUCUGCUUCUAAGUUUUCUCCAUUUGAAAUUGUUUAUGGGUUUAAGCCCAUCUCUCCUUUGGAUUUGAUGCCUUUGCCUUUGAGUGAAAGAUUAAGCACAGAUGGAAAGCAUAAGGCAGAGACAGUCAAGAGGAUCCAUGAGCAGGCUAGAAGGAACAUUGAGGCCAAAACCAAGCAGUAUGCUAAACAUGCCAACAAGGGCCGCAAAGAAAUGGUCUUUGAAGUGGGAGACAAGGUUUGGAUCCAUCUGCGCAAAGAGAGGUUCCCGGCCGAGCGCAAAUCCAAACUUAUGCCAAGGAUAGAUGGACCAUUUGAGAUCACCAGAAGAAUCAACAACAACUCCUACAAAUUGAUCUCCAAGGUAAAUGAACCAGAUUUGAGGACAAAUCCUUUUCAAGAGGGAGGGGAUGAUAUGAUCAUGGAGGAGGUUGCUGGGAACUUGGACCAGGAAGCAGCUGGAGAGCUUGUAGCAGAGGAGGAGCAGCUUGAACCUGAGGAAGCUUUGGAAGCCUUGACCUUACCAACUGGUCCCAUCACAAGUUCAACCAUUACUUGCUUCAAAGUGUCGAUUCUCUACAAGGGAUUUAUCAAGGUUCGUGUUGUGAGGCUGCACAUGAAGGAGGCUCAGGAUAGGCAGAAGAGUUAUGCAGAUAGACGCAGACGAGAGCUUGAGUUUCAGGUUGGAGAUAGAGUUUAUCUCAAGAUGGCUAUGUUGAGGGGUCCUAACAGAUCCAUAGCAGAGAACAAGCUGAGUCCGCGAUUUAUGGGUCCGUUUCCAGUAGUGGAGCGAGUUGGGCCAUUGGCUUACAGGCUGGAGUUGCCUGAGAUUAUGAAAGCCUUUCACAAGGUUUUUCAUGUGUCGAUGCUGAGGAAGUGUCUUCACCCUACAGAGGAGUUAGUGGCUAGGAUUCCAGAGGAUCUUCAGCCAGAUUUGACAGUGCCGGCAGUGCCUGUGAGGAUUUUAGAGAGGAGGGAAAAGGUUCUGAGGAACAAGAGGAUUCCCUUACUGAGGAUUUUGUGGGAUUGCAGUGGUUCUACAGAGGAGACUUGGGAGCCAGAGGCAAAGAUGAAGUUGAAGUUCAGGAAGUGGUUCGACAAGCAGGUCGAGGAGUGA